CUGUUUGUGAAAAACAGCUGUGUGAAAGACCACUCGUUGCCACUGAGACUGAACGCACAAAAAUGAAGCACGCUGCUAUCGAAUGUCUGUCUUCAUUCCAAAAUUCGUUGUCAUUAAAUCGCAGCAAACAUUUACUCAUUCUUGGCACUGGAAUUGCUGGACUGUAUCUUGUUGGACAAAUCUACGUCUCUUACAAGAAAGCCCAACGCAGGAAGAAAUGGGCUUCUGUGGAGAAGAAUAUGGUUAUUCUUCAUCAGUUUGAACGGGGAAAAUUCACACCCAAUGUUUCUCCGUUCCCCCUGAAGUUGGAGACAUACCUGAGAAUGACUGGCAUUCCUUAUGAGAAUGAAUUUGAGGAACCGAUGGGUCCCAAAGGUAAAACUCCAUGGAUCACACUUAAUGGUGACGAGAUUGCUGACUCGCAGCUGUGCAUGGAGCUGUUGGCCAGAAAGUUCCACAAAGAUUGCAGUUCUCACUUGUCACCCGAAGAGCAAGCUAUAGCGAGGUCAUUCCACAUCAUGGCUGAAGAGCAUCUCUAUUGGGGUUUGCUUCUGUGGCGCUGGGUGUACACCAAAGGAAGGACCCUCUGGCAGGUUCAAUGCAACCUUCCUAAAAGUCUCAGCCUGACGUUGCCUUUAGUUGUCAAGAAAUUGAAAGGCCAAGCUCAAGGGCAAGGAAUGGGUCUGCAUACUGAAGCCGAAGUCAUUGAAAUGAGUGUUAAAGACUUGAGAGCCAUCUCCAAUUUCCUUGGUACCAAACAAUUUCUGAUGGGUGACAAAGCAAUUGAAGCCGAUUGUGCCGUGUUUGGAAUUCUCAGCCAGUUGCUGUGGAACUGCCCUGGCUCUCCAUUUGAACAACUCUUGAACGGCGAAUUUAAUAACUUGAAGUCUUACUGCGAACGCAUGAAAGACACUUUUUGGCCUGAUUGGGAUCGUUGUCUCAAUCCUGCUCGCAUUUUGAAAACAACAACAAAAAUGGCCGCUGCUUCUGUUGGGAACGACUUGGUCGUCCUUCAUCAGUUGAAAAGAGGAAAAUUGACUCCCUGCAUCUCUCCAUUCGCAUUGAAAUUGGAAACUUAUUUGCGAAUGGCCGGAAUUCCUUACCAGAAUGACUUUGAGCAGCCGAUGGGACCUAAAGGUAAAACUCCAUGGAUCACGUUGAACGGCAAAAAGAUUGGCGAUUCUCAGUUGUGCCUCGAACUGCUGGCCGAAACGUUCCACAAGGAUUUCAGUGGCCGUCUGUCUGUUGAAGAGAAGGCCGUGGCUAGAGCCUUUCAGAUCAUGGCGGAAGAUCAUCUUUACUGGGUCAUGCUGGUCUGGCGAUGGAUUUAUAAUGGCGGAAGUUCCCUGCCGCUCAUUCAAACGGAUUUGCAUUUUGCCGUCCGCUAUUUACGACCCGUCGUUGUGGGUAGGGUGAAAUCCCAGGCGUCGGCUCAAGGUAUUGGCCGUCACAGUCAGGCUCAAGUCAUGGAAAUGGGACUGAAGGAUCUGCGGGCCAUCUCCCACUUUCUCGGGCUGAAAUUGUUUUUGAUGGGGGACCAGCCGAUUGAAGUCGAUUGCGCCAUCUUUGGUAUGCUGGCCCAAAUCUUGUGGAACAGUCCGGGCUCCCCUUACCAGCCGCUUUUCGACGGCGAAUGGAUCAAUUUGAAAAUGUACUGCCAUCGGAUGAAGGAAACCUUUUGGCCCGAUUGGAAUCAAUGCCUCAACCCUGCCCAGCCAAAUUAAUGAGAUCUCUUAUUUUGCGAUCCUAUUACUCCCCCCAAAUUAAGGAUCGGUAGGAUUACACCAAGUCGAUUUCUUA